UCCCCAACUGUCGAUGCAUCCCUCCUCUCCGCCUUUUUCAUCUCCCUCUAUCUCGCUCUCCAUCACCCAGUUCCCCCUUCCUCCUUCUCCCACGAUUUUUUGUGACAGAGGCAAACAAGCAUCAAAGCACCAUCGGUCUCAACGGCAGGCGAGCACCAGAUCCCACGACUUGCAACACCAUGCGAAAGAUACGACGAACAAGAGAAAGAGAAGAUAGCAAGUUGACAGACUCUAUGUUGAGGCUGGCAGAACAUGUUGCUGUGGAGAUAGCUCUAAACACACUUGCAAAUAGAGGCCCUUCUAAGGCGCCGCCUUCAAAAGUUUUGUGUGUAAGAUGUUCUCUUUGGAGUUCGUGGCUGCGGGAUAUGAAAUUUGAAGGAUACGUUGCGAAAGUUGGCACCCAGGUGGUGGUAUCGAUGUUCUCUUUGGAGUUUGUGGCUGUGGGAGAUGGAAUUCAAAGAAGGAUACAUUGCAAAAGUUGGCCCCGAGGUGGUGUAGUAUUUUGGAAAGAUCCAUGAUGCUUUUUGAGAAUCCUAGAGCAUAAGUAGUAGUAAACUUUAUAUUUUGUUUCCUGGGGCGAAACUUUGUUUUGAUGGUUUGAACCAUGAUGCCAUUAUUAUGUAGCUGAAAGGAUUUGGCUAAUGUUUCACAGUAAUGACAAUUUGUUUACAUGAAAGCUAAUAGAUUUUUGCUAUUUAUGAUUAUGGUUGUCCAUGGUUGUAUGAGGUGGUGAUGGAUUCUAAAUAUGAGCAGGGAAUAUAUAAAAAAUGUUUGCCAGGAGAAAUAUUCAUUGCUUGCAAGG